CAGGCGGGGGUGCAGAUGGGCGUCGCGUGCUGGCAGCUGUACUGCCUCGAGCACGGCAUUCGGCCGGACGGCACUCUGCCGCUCUGCGAGACCGAGCCGAACGCGUCGGACUCUUGCUUCAAUACAUUCUUUUCUGAGGCGGAUAGGGGCAAGAUGGUGCCCAGAGUGGUCAUGGUGGAUCUGGAGGCUACUGUUAUUGACGAAGUUAGAUCUGGUGAAUACCGGCAGCUAUACCACCCAGAGCAGCUGAUCACUGGCAAGGAGGACGCAGCCAACAACUACGCGAGGGGACACUACUCCACGGGGCGGGAGGUGUUGGGGCCGGUUAUGGAGCGGUUGAGGAAGCUCGCCGACCAGUGCACUGGGCUGCAGGGUUUCUUUGUGUUCCACUCGUUCGGUGGCGGCACAGGCUCGGGCUUCACGUCACUGCUUAUGGAAAAACUAUCAGAAGAGUUUGGCAAGAAGAGCAAGUUGGAGUUUGCUAUUUACCCCGCUCCUCAGGUGUCGACGGCGGUGGUGGAGCCGUACAACGCGGUGCUGACGACGCACGCGACCAUCGGCCACUCGGACUGCGCGUUCAUGGUCGACAACGAGGCGAUAUACGACAUCUGCCGGCGGCGCCUCUCCAUCGAGCGCCCGUCUUACGCUAAUCUUAAUCGGCUUAUUUCACAGGUGGUGUCGUCGAUAACCGCGUCGCUGCGGUUCGACGGCGCGCUCAACGUGGACCUCACCGAGUUCCAGACGAACCUCGUGCCCUACCCGCGGAUACACUUCCCGCUCGCCGCCUACGCGCCCGUCGUCUCUGCUGAUAAGGCGUACCACGAGGGCAUGUCGGUGUCGGAGAUCACGGCGGAGCUGUUCGAGCCGCAGAACCAGAUGGUGAAGUGCGACCCGCGCGAGGGCAAGUACAUGGCGUGCUGCCUGCUGUACCGCGGCGACGUCGUGCCCAAGGACGUGAACGCGGCCAUCGCCGCCAUGAAGGGGCGCGCCGGCAUCCGCUUCGUGGACUGGUGCCCCACCGGCUUCAAGGUGGGCAUCAACUACCAGCCGCCGUCGGUGGUGGCGGGCGGCGACCUGGCGCAGGUGAAGCGCGCCGCGUCGAUGCUCAGCAACACCACGGCCAUCGCAGAGGCGUGGGGCAAGCUCGACCACAAGUUCGACCUCAUGUACUCCAAGCGGGCCUUUGUGCAUUGGUACGUCGGCGAGGGUAUGGAGGAGGGCGAGUUCACAGAAGCGCGCGAGGACCUCGCGGCGCUCGAGCGGGACUACGACGAGGUGGCCAUCGAGACGUCCGACAUGCCGCCCGGCUGCGACGACGAGCUGUGACGCACCGACGUGUGACGAGUGACGUGGACGUCUGACGCGCUGACGUGCCACGUCGACGUCUGACGCGCUGACGUGCCACGUCGACGUCGGACGUCGGCGCCGCGCCCGUGACGUCACCGCGCGCUCGCUGCUCGCCCGCUACACAUACUGUCUGCGCUGUUGAUUCCUUUGACUGGUAGCGCUUGUAGUUUAUUCUAGUUGAUGUUAAGCCGUAUGACGGAUUUUUGAUCUUAUAAUCUACAUUUUAUGCCUAUAGUUCUUUUUUUUUUUAAUUAAUUCAGUGCCAUAAAACUGAAACACUGUUGUAUUGCAUUUUUAGACACUAUGAAUAUAUAGUAAAAGGCGUUACCAGUCAAGUAAAUGGAUAAUCCAAUAAAGCGUGGUGAAGAGCGUCGACGCCAAAGCGGACGCAACAAAACCGCGGCCCUAUGGUUAUAAUGUUAAUUAUGGCAGAAAUUGUGAAAUUUUAAUUAAAGGUAUGAAAAUGUCCGCCGAGGUCGGACGAUGCUCAACUUGCCCCGAGCGAAGGUUUUUUUUUAUAUCAUUUAUUUAUCAUGCGCCAAUAACAUAUUUUUUUAUUUAUCGCUGAUUUUAUUAUAUGACACUCCCUCUUUCUUUGUCGAGUAAACUUGCGGUUAUUUUAUAUUUUUGAUUUUUUUUUUCUAAAUUCUUUAGCAAAUACUAGACAGAGAAAUUUAGAUUUCGUUCAAUUUGAGACAAUUUGGGAAAUUGCGAGCUGUGCAUGUGCUUAAUAUUGUAAGCGUAAUUGUUUUGUACGUCUAUCGUUUUAUUGAAAUGUUUAAAAAGUUUUAUAGUGUUGUCUGUUUUAAUAAAUGUAUAUUUUUUUUCAGAAAUGCGUUUUAUUUGAUUAUUUUCAUUAAUACAACAU